AUGAUGCAUACCUUCCCGCUUUGUUGCCCAUUCGACCGACCGUCGUCUGGCUCAACUGGAUACAGCCAGCAACCGUCGCUGGCCGUAAACAGCCCAUCAACAAGAGAUGUUAAACCGCUGUCUUCACUUCUCGCAUCCAAUCGUGAGAUGCUGUAUGCAAAUGUAGCCAACCCGUGGGAAUUGUCCAAAGUGACCACAUGA